GGAAGAAACCGAUCGAAGCUGGUGUAAGAGAAGAGCUAAAGGGUUUUUUUUUUCUUCGGGUGUUGUUUGCAUGGCGAGCGUGUGGGCGCAGGGGACAGGCGUGGAGUUCGAGGUGAAGGUGGUGAGGGUGGCCGGCGUCGAGGCGGCGCCGGAUGGGAGAGGAGGCGGCCUCUUCGUGAGGUAUUACGUUCCGGUGGGGGACGGGAGGCGGCGGAUCCGCGUGGACACGCGUGAAGUCCCGUGCGACGGCGGCUCGGGCGACGCGUUCUGGGGGGAGCUCGCCCGCUUCGAGCGCCGCGGCGGCGGUGGCGGUGGCGCGCGGGAGUCGGUGGGGGGCGGGGUCGUGUUCCAGCUCCGGUGGAGGCCGCGCAGGCGUCCGCUGGCGUUCCUUGGCCUCGGGGUUGGGAGGACCGGGAGGCCGUCCUCGCGUGUUCUGGCGCGGGGCGAGCUCACCGUGUCGCCCGCGGCCUCCACGACGCCGGCGCCGGCGUCUUCGGGGACCUGGCUGAGGCUCUCGCCGGCGUGCCGCGAGCUGAGCGGGUGCAAGGCGCCCAAGCUGCUGGUCGAGCUCAGCGUGAACCACGUCGCCGCCGACAACUACGGAGCCGUGAAGACGGGAUCGCCCGGCGGCGGCGUCAACCAGCACUGCUGCAGCGACGGCGAGCGGUGCGGCCAGUGCGGGUGGAUCGGGACCGAGGAGGACAUGUUCCUGGCAGCGACGUUCACCCACGAAGAACGAUCAGUAGCUUCAUCGAUAUCGUAGUUCGUGUGACGCUAACCUAACUCACUGUACUUCACGUAAUUCGCUAAUAUAUCAUCUUGCUUAUCUACAUCUCUAAAUUAAACCAUCACUUCGCUGAUGAUGAUGAUGAUGAUGAUAAACAAAAAACUCUUGACGAAGAGGCAAAUUUUGCCAUGGAAUUUUGGCAUCAUAAAUCAAAUUAUUUAUAAUAUCGUAUUGGUUCAAAACUGAUAUCAUACG